AACACUGGACGAUUCCAAAGCUAGAAAUGAGGAGGAACUAACAGGCAGACAGAACCACAAUUAAGACAGUGAUGAGCUCAGGAGACUCCAACCCCGCCGCCACACCCACUCUUUGUGUGGACAUCCAGGGAGAUGGGCGAUGGAUGUCUUUGCAUAACCACUUUGUGUCUAACAGCAAGGACAAGGAACCAGAUGUCCUGUUUGUAGGAGACUCUCAUGUCCAGCUCUUGCACCAGUUUGAGGUGUGGCGAGAGCUGUUCUCCCCUCUCCAUGCUCUCAACUUUGGGGUGGGAGGUGACGCAACACAGCACGUCUUGUGGAGACUGAGCAAUGGAGAGUUGGCCCACAUCAGCCCAAAGGUAGUGGUGCUGUGGGUGGGAACCAAUAAUCACGGUCACACUGCCGAACAGAUCUGUGGCGGCAUCAUGGCCAUAGUCCAACUCAUCAAGGACAAGCUGCCGAAGGCUUACACUCUCAUACUGGGAGUGCUGCCCAGGGGUAAGAUGCCCAACCCCAUGCGGGAGAGGAAUGCCCAGGUCAACAAGCUGGUCCAGGAGGCCGUGUCCUCCCUCUCCCACGCCUCCCUCCUCAACGUGGACCCCGGCUUUGUACACUCGGACGGCAGCAUCUCCCACCAGGACCUGUAUGACUACCUCCACCUCACCCCUCAGGGCUACCAGGCUGUGUGCCAGCCGCUACACACCCACCUCAAGGGCCUGUUGGAGAAACAGGCCAAAGACCAGCUGAUGGAGAACUGAUGGCCAAAGACCAAAUGACCCACUCACUACAUCAGAGGUACAAACCCUGGUCCUGGAGAGACACAAGAUACAGGCUUUUAGCACAUUCACUACUUUUAGAACACUUUUUAGUAUUUUAGUACAGGCUUUUGUUCCAACCCUGCUUUUGUUCCAACCCAUGAUUCAAAUAAUGAUCUAGUCCUUGAUUGGUUGAAUCACGUUGAAUGUUUUGAAUGCUGGGCUGGAAGAAAAGCCUGCACUAAAAAGGCUUUCCAGAACCAGGGUUGGUAACCACUGCACUACUCUACUCUAUUGGACCGUACUGUGACUUACCACCAAAGUGGCUGAGUAGAGGACCGCUAAGUACUAAUAGGAUCAAAUGUCUGUGUUGCUAGUCAGAUUUGACCACUUAACACCGUUGGAGAUUUGAUUGAUCUGAUUUGAGAGAUUAUCCUUCUCUUUAGUUUCAUGCUGUAUGGUGUAUAUUAUGCACAAUAUGCCAGGAUCUCUCUCUUCUGGCUGAUAGAUACAUUAUAAGAGCUUCCCCACAGAAAGGUUAGGAAAAUCUGAAAAGCUACCAUAAUAAAGGUUUGUUUAGUUUCCUCUGUCAAAAUAACCACAUUUCCUUUCUUUUUAUUUUUCUCUUUACUUUGAAAACAUAUACAGUACUAAUGAUCUGAAUGAUUACUAAUAUCAUUGAAAAUCCCUUUAAUGGUCUAUCGUAUGUGUGUAGACACAGAGACCAACAAGGCAUCAUUUGGCCAGUUGGCUCCACUGUUAAAGAAUUACUUGUUUCUGGUAUCUGUUUACCACCGUUGCUUUUUGUUACUUGUGAAGAUUUACCCUGAAUAUGUUUGAUUUUUUCUGUACAAAUAUGGAGAAUGAAGUGUAAUAGUAUGGUGUAUUUGGAGUGAAUGAUGAGGGCAUUUCAAAGUAGCGCUGAGACUGGUGGGUAUUUGGCUUGGAUAUGAUAUGAUAUGAUACUGUUGUCAGUGUGUAUGGAUGUGUUGUAGCUAGCUUAUACUUGUCUUGCACUCUUUAUUCAAAGGCAGUCACGCCACGUGACCCAAUACUCCUUAUAAAAGGCUGCUUUGACUGUUUGUAUAUACUGCUUAUGUAGGUCUACCAGUCUCUACUUGACAAUGGUUGUGUUGCUGAUCUUGAAUGUUGAUUGUGGAAAAUCUGAAUGUAAUGUCAAAAGCAAUGCAUUAAAAACCAAUGAAAGCUUCA